CAUUCCAUUCUUCCCACAAUUCCGUGCAUUGGGAGAAACCUCGGUGGUGCUCACAUUGACUGUGAGAUCGAUGCUGUGUUUACAGCGAGCGGAGGCCAUGGCUGACGGACUACCGUACCCCGCUCCACCUCCGCCCACAGACCCACGUCUGCCACUCAGUCCUCUACAGGUGUUUAAACUAAAGAAAUCAUGGAAAGGUAUCAAGAGAUCCAUAGAGUUAACCGGAGUCGAAAUGUUUGUCAGGAUGUUCCGCACCGAACCUUUUUUGAAAGACAUGUUCAAGGAUUUUCGAAACCUUGUAACAGACGAUGAAAUGCGCGAAAAUAUGGCCCUGGAGAAACAUGCCACAAUGGUAAUGAAUUUGCUUGAUGAAGCCAUCAACAACAUCGAUAAUGUUGAUCUUCUUUUGGAUUUACUACACAGAGUUGGGAAGAAUCAUUUGCGAUUUGAAGGCUUUGAUGUCAGUUACUUUUGGCUUGCAGAACAACCCCUGUUGGAGGCGAUAAAGAUUACCCUGGGAGACCGCUAUACCGAAAACAUGGACAUUAUUUAUAAACUGGUUAUUAGGUUUCUGUUAACAGAAAUAACGAAAGCUUGUAGAAAUGAUGUGUCCUGAUGCCAGGAUUGAGCAGAAUUAUUGAUUGGUGUGCCAAACCAAAAUCUCUCACGCCAAGUAAGAUUGUAUAGUUUUGAUCUAGUGGCCUAGAUAUCGUCGUCAUAAGAAGAAAGAAUAUGCCCCUCCCCCACAAAAAAUUAAAGCACAAAUAAAAUUACAUAAAAACGAAAAAAAAAUUUUCAAAAAAUAAUACAAAAAAUAAUUUUAAAUCAUGCCAGUUUUUAAAUUCUGCAAACGAAAACUGUAUCUAAUGGAAUCAUCAGUUUUAAUUGCAUACUGUAAUUAUAAUUAUUAUUAUCAUUAUCAUUAUUAUUAUUAUUAUUAUUAUUAUUAUUAUUAUUAUUAUUAUUAUUAUUGUUGUUGUUAUCAUUAUAUUUUUCUUU